AUGCCGCGCAGGCGCCACGCGCGCGUGUCGUACACCACACCGGUCCAGUUCCUCGCCCUCGAGGCCGCCUACCAGCGCGAUGGGCGCGAAGCUCGUGGAGCCGCCAAGAACAAGCACCACAAGUCGCACCGCCGCGACUCGGGCCACGGCCGUUCAGUCGACUCGGACGACUCGGACGACGAGGACGACCAGCUCGCCUCGUCCUCUGACGACGACGGCAACAGCGCCGAGUCCGACAGCGACCUCCUCUCGAGGGCCGACGAGCUCGACCGCGCCGUGCUCAAGCCGGCCAAGGCCCACAAGCGCUCGAAGAAGCGCGAGUUGAAGUCGGGCGGCGGCGGGCACAAGGCCAAGGCGCACAAGCACAAGCACGACCUGCUCAAGAGCCUACCGCAGAACUUGCUCGUCAACAUCCUCGCCCACCUUCCUCUCGGCGCGCUCCUCGCCGUCGCGCAGCUCUCGCGGCACUACCGCAACACGGUCAUGCUCGACCAGAUGGACGACAUUUGGGCGGCGGCGCGCGAGGCCGACGGCUUGCCCGACCUCGAGCAGGGCGGGUGGGACUGGUUCGAGUUUGGGUACGCCGGCCUCGCUCACGGCAAGCACUGCGUCCUCUGCGGCAAGCCCUCGCAGCGCUGGCCCGACGCCUUCCUCCGCAUGCGCCUCUGCAAGCCCUGCCGCUCCGAGAACAUCGUCCGCCUCGACCACCUCGACGACAUCGACUCGGACCUGCACGGCGCCGUCAAGGACUGCGUCAUUCAGACUCGUCAGUCGCUCGACGACCUGCACCAGGUCCGCAGCAAGCUCCGCCACGGCUUCCUGCCCGACCUCGAGUCGGAGAGCACCAUCCUGUGGCGCUUCCAGGACAAGGACGACGCCGCCGACGAGGCGUACUACGCCGACAAGUUCGCCGCGCGGUCGCCCAAGUCGGGCUCGAGGGCGGGCGCUGGCCACAAGGGCGGCGGGCAGGGCACGUACGACGAGCUGCCGAGGAGGGGCGAGGGCGAGUGGGGCGAGCGCGUCACGGCGUACGUCAAGAAGAGGAGGGGUGCGUGCGCGAGGAUUGAGCAGGAGGGCGAGGCGCUCUUCGUCGCGCUCGGCAAGCUGUAUGCGCGCGAGGCGACGCAGCACGGGCACGAGGAGGACGGGACCUCGAUUGCGAGGCGCGAAGCGCUCGAGGAGCGCGUGCUCGCCCUGAGCGACGAGGAGAAGUGGUCCAAGGACGACUUCUGCAGCGUGUGGCUCUCGGACAAGGUCGUCAACCGCGGCCUCGACACGGUCGACGACGCCGAGUGGAAGGCGCUCAAGCCCAAGGUGCUCAAGGUCCUCGCCGCCUCUCGCAAGAAACGUCUCGCCGCCGCCAAGGCCGAGGCGCAAGCUCUGCGUCGCCAAGCCCUCGUCCCCGUCUACCAGUCGUUCCGCAACCGCCAGCCGUCGGCCGAGGCCAUCGUCCUCACGCCGCUCUUCGCCGACUUCCUCCUCUUCCCCUCGGUUCGCGCCCUGUGGCAGCCGCACGACGCCGUCAUCGACCAGCACGCCAUCGACGCGGCCCAGGAGGGCAUGGACGAGGACCUCAACGAGUGGCGCACGACCCUGCGCCUGCACGUCGUCCAGCUCGUCCUGUCCAACACGCUCGACCUGCCCGACGACGAGGAGCUCGACUCGGACGCCGACGCCUACGACCAGUACGACGACGAGUUCCUCAAGCUUCUCACGUCGAGCGUCAUGUGCGCUGUCGACGACUGCCGCCACCCUGCGAUCGGCCGCAAGGGCACGCCCAACUUCGUCCCGGUCCGCCCGACCUUCUUCGGCUCGCUGUGGGACGUCCUCUUCCACCAGCACGAGGCGCACGACUACCUCCUUCCCUCGUCGCACGAUCUCGGUCACGCCGACGGCGAGCCGCACUUCCGCAUCGCGCUCCCGCUCGAGGUGAGCAACGCCGUCGUCGCCAUGUGCGAUGCCGCCGGCCUCGACGACGAGGUGGCGGAACCGGACGACCUCGACGAGGUGCUCGACGUCGAGGGUGGGUGGGUCCAGUGGAGCAACAUGCCGGGCGGUGGGCACGGUCGCAAAGAGCAAGACUUUCGUUCGGUCCUCUGCUCUAUCUAUCGCUCCGCCGUCAAGGCGCAGCACGCGCGCCCGCCGCGCUCGAUCGGCAUUCCGGCCAUCGCGCUCGUUCCCGGUCGCGACGAGUGA